AUGUCGGUACUGCAGCCAGACUACGAACUCGAGGGAAUCGAGGUUCCCCGCCUCAGCUUACCAGCGCUCUUAGGCAGCCUACGUCCACGCCAGCACGUCCUCUCUCGCCAAGACAAGGCUCAGGAGUACAGGACAGUCACAUUGCCGCUUCAGGCCCCUCGGCAUCCCCGCGACGCGAUCCGCCAGCACUCUCUCACAUGGCAUCCAUAUCGCAACAACCCGCCCUGCCUAGCCUGCCCUUCAUUCCAGCGCACAAUGUCCCAUCGCAACAGUGCUCCCUUCGCAGCAGCUUUCCCUGCAGCCGAUCAGCCUCAAACUGAAACCACGAGCGUGUCUUUCAGCGAAGAAGUUGAGUUGAUCAGCGCCACCAAUCCUACUCCAUCCUCCGACUUCGAGAUGAAUGCGAUUACCCCCUCGCAUCACGUCCAGCUUCAAGACUUUUCGAACCUGCACUCGGGAGACGACAUCCUCGCAAUGACAGAUCUAGAGUGGCUCUUUGCCUCGCCUGGAUCAUUGCCAUCGGUUGGAGUGGAGGACAUGGCGGAUCCUUUUGGGUUCAUUGGUCUUGAGUAUCAGAUGGCCCAAGGCUCGAGCUCAACGCCGCAUGCCAGUCACGGAUCAGUGUGGGCACCGGCUCCACAGAUUACAGACUCUCAGGGAUCUCAUGCUCUCGCUCCUACCGACAAUCUCCUAGAUCUCUUGGCAGGCGCCGCUUCCUUAGACGUUCCCGAACGCAGAUCGCACAGCGUCAGCCUCCAGCCCCCGGCCCGAGUGACCAAGAUUCCAGACUUCCUGGACGGCUCUCGUCGGCUUGGUUUGCCCUCUUCGCGUCGAGAGUCUACGACCCCGGCUGCGGUGCAAAGUCCGGCACGGCCACAGGCUCCGGUCCCGCCAAGCAUGUCUAGUGAAUCUCAGGGCAACCCACCUCGCAAAAGACAGCGUCGGCUCGAACCACAAGACCUGACAGCUCCUUCCCGCAGGGCUUCUCCCACCCGCCAAGUCCGACCACUCCCUUCGCCAAACUUGCAGUCAUCUGGUUCAGGAGCCGACAAUGUCGAGACAUCGCAGACCCACUCACGCAGCAGUGAGGAGAACACAGCGCCGACACAGUGGCCCAAUUCUUGGUAUCCCGAGAAGGGUCCAAGUCAGACCAAGCUCGACCAUCUGGCAGCACACCACCUCAAUGCUACUCCUGACAUCAUCGCAGAAGAGUCGUCUUGCCAAGUGCCUGCAAUUGAUGCUUCGUCGGUCACCAAAUUGCAUUCAUUGGCCGACUUCGUGGACGCGGAUGGACAAGGCGAGCACUCGGUCAGAUCAAUACUGAAGAGCAUCAACGUAGAGACCUAUGAUCUCAUGCUACAGCUUUUCUUCGAAAGGUUUCAUCCUCGCUACAACUUCCUGCACCAGCCGAGCUUUCACCCUGCGACUGCUCACCCUCUUUUAUUAGCUGCCUGCUGCGCCCUAGGAUGCUCUUUCUCACAGAUGCCAAAUGCUCGACAAUUGGCCGACUAUCUAGCAGACACCGUUCACAGCGCAAUCAACAUCACUUGCCUUCGAGAAAAUCUUCAUGCUCGCUCCUUGAGCAUUAUCCGAGCGCUAUGUAUCGUCAGUAUUUCCUUCGGGAGCGCUGGUAACCAGCGUUUACUCGAGCAUGGAGAAGCUCAGCGCUCCGCGUUGGCUACCAUGGUCCGACGGUGCCAUCUUCUCGAGUAUCAGCCAACGCCAGAAAUCGCAGCAGGUGACGCGACGGGGGCCAGUGCCACGCACGAUCAAUGGCAAGCAUGGCUUCACUGGGAAGGCAUCAAGAGGACCUCGUGGACCUGCGUCGUUGCUGAUCUCGAGUUCUGUUCCGCUUGGAAGGUGCCACCGAUCUACAGUCUUGACGAGCUCCGUGCCGAGCUGCCUCACUCGGAUCGCAAAUGGAUGGCACCGAAUGCAAGCAUGUGGAAGUCGUACCGCAGCGAGCCUUCAGUGACACUGUCUGAGGCUCAUGAGCGCCUGCAAUCGUCAGUGGCGGCGAGUGCCUCAAAUGGUCAGCAAGGGACAGCCACCAUCUUUCCCGAACCUUCGCUACUCAACUCGAAGGUUCUCAGUUGCACUCUGCAUCUGUAUGCGACAAGUCUGAGAGCUUUUGCUCGCAACUCUCUGAUCAUUCGAGCACUCAGACAGCCUCAUGAAGUCUUCCGGAACCUUCUCGUACAAUCUUGUGAUCUCGUAGCUGCUCGUCACGCUCAGCAGUCUGAUCCAGGAGACAGUAUUGACAACGAGGACCUAGCCAACGUCAGCUUUGAACAGAUGAUGCACUUCAUCCACUUGUCGCUUAUGGUGGAUCUUGCGGACGUCCAGAAGCUCGGAGGGCGAAAGGGAACAAAGCAAGCUAAUGCAGCAUUGCUCCAGGUGCACCGACAGCGCUUGGAAUGCCCAGACGACGCAGACUUAGUGGCUGGCUCGUGUGGCCGUCUCAUCCACUUGGCUCGAUCGUAUCCAGCCGUGCUGACAUACAGCAUCAACAUCGUCUUCUACGCAAGUCUUUACCUGUAUGCGUUCUCGAAGAGUCUUCAGCAUGGGAACAGCCAGACGGACGCAGAAGUCGAAGCAGACAGUUCAGCGGCGGUCACCGUCAUAUCCCUUGACAGUCCAAGCGCACGGCUGCAGCGACCGCACGAUGAGCGAGACAAGGCUUCGCAUGCCAAGAAGCGCUACCAGCUGCGCUUCGUCGGCGACCUCUCGGGCCCCUCAGCUCCCCUGCGCAUUCUAAAAGUAUAUUCGAGGAUGCUUCUGAGCGAGCUCAGCCAGCGCACGCCGGGCGCCUCGGCAAAGAUCUUCGGCAGAGUGCUGGCCGAUUUGGCGACGGGCAUGGAGAGGCAGCAGCGUUUGAGUGAGAUCAAUCAGCGUAAUGCUGGAAGCAGGACUCAGCAACGGCAGCAGCAGGGGGAGGACGGGCCCGCUCACAGUCAAGAGCAGCAGGCGAUGGCUCCACCCGCCUGAUUGGUGUCACUGGGAAACAAAAUUGUACAUCUCGAAGAAUGAGAAGAGACACGCACUAUAUCGGGUUUUGUACAUGUAAAAUUACGUUAAAUCUCGGAAUACCCCUGAGAUACCAAUCAAAGACUCUUAGGUCAGGACGCUGCCCUCUUGGGAAGAUCCGUGAAGUAGGGAGUCUGAGGCCAUCGACCGAACUGAUACUGGGU